AUGUCUGGAUCAGAGGCCGAGUCGGAUUUUGACUCUGAUUUCGACGACUUUAAUGAAGCAGUGGUUCACACUACAACGACAGAAGUAGAAGAAGGAACUACGUUUACUGAAGACACCCUUUCAAAUCCACAACUCUUUGACAAAAGACUCGACACGCUUUUGAGUACAUUAUUCCCAAUAUCAGCCAAUCAGAAUGAGUCCAGGGGGGUGUCUAGGGGGGCUUCUCCUGACUUACUUUCUGACAGGUCACAACAAGUGUUUGGACAACUCUCUAGAUUACCAUAUUUACUGCCACCCAAUUGGACUAAACUGAAGAUAAGAUACAACCUACUUCUUCGACUUGGGAUCCCCAUCAACUUGGACGAGUUGACCUCUGAUGGUACGUCGUCGUCGUCGUCGCAUAACUUACAGGUGGACACAGCAAUAAUCCGCGGUCGAAGACCCAGUGGGUCGUCGCAUCUUGAUGGUGGAACUCACAUAGAUUGGGACGGGUUUGAACUUCCCCCAAUAGAAGCCAUCCCCGUUGAAGAAGUGGAGCUGAUCAAAACGACUACCUCAGAAGUGCUAAGCAAUAUCGAACUGGGGAUGCUCAACCAUUCGAGCGAAAAGUUCUUAUUGGACAGCGACAUGGCCGUGGUGGACGAAAAGUUGGCUCAAUUCCAACACUUCUACAACCAACUCUUGAAGUUGGCAAGUGUUUGGAUGGGUGAAAUCGCGUCGUGUCAGGGGGAAUUUGAAACCUACGAAACAGUAAUACAAAGUGUCAUUGGUUAUAGUCAAAAACUUAAACGAGAAGAGAUCUUACAUAAGCUUCAGAGGCAGUGA